AUGCUUCGCCAUCCGUCGCGCGCAGCGCUAGAUGCUGUCUCUCUCUUAUCUGAAAGUCACUCGCGGUCAGCGCCGCCUUUCGGAUCGUCCUUGUCUCUGCGUCUCAGCUUUUCUUCUUCCCUGCCUGCUGUCGCCAGAGCUUUGCGUUUCUUCCCGGUCUCUCCGUUUCUGCUGCCGUCUUGCCUGUCGCCUUCCGCGCGGUCGGUGGGCUCUCUAUCGUCUCCUGUGCUCUGUCUCAGCCCGCCUGCAUGUUCCUCUUCUUCUCCUCCCUGCCUUUUGUUAGCGUCUUUUUCUUCGUCUGCCUCUUCGCGGCGCGCCGCGCCUCGCGCGGCUUCGCGCUCGCGGUCGCUGUUUGCUGAGGAGCUCGCCGCCUGCGACACUUCGGCUCAGGUGCUUCAGCUGCUGCGCACGCCGGCCUUCUCGGCCUCUUCUUCUUCGCCUAGUGGGAGCCGAUCGCCAUACGCUUGCCCGUCGGCGGUGCUGCUGCUGCCGGACGACUGCCUGGCGUUUUUGAAUGCGCUCCUUCGUGUGCAGCAUGUGAAGCGAAGCGGCGCAGACUUCGUCUUCUUCUGCGACGUCUUGGAGAACGCGAUGCGGCGAUUCAACGCGUCCGCCGAGCGCGAGCGCCGCGCGAGUGCAGAGACCGGGCGCGCGGCGCAGGCUCUGGAGAGAAACCUCCUCGACUGCAUCCGCGGAAAGACUCGCAAGGCGGAGUCGCUGACGGAGCGCGGCGCAGGCAACGCAGCGGGAGCCGCAGAGCGCAGCGAGAGCGAGGGGACAAGGAGAGAGGGAGACGAAUCAGAGCAGCGGCAGAUCAAGCCAAGUUCGUCCGCAUCGUGCUGCAGAAGCUCGCCGAUCUCAAGGCGCCGCUCGCAUUCCAGCAAAUGGUACCAGACCCCACGCGCCGAGCGGGCGAGGAGACAAAAAAAAGCGGAAAAAGGGACUUCUGGAGAGAGCGAGAUUAGAGAAAGAGAGAGAGCACCAUACCUGGAGCCGCACCUUCCCUACUUGUCCGCAUUCGACGCCGCGGAGUGCGUCUGGGCGCUCGCCACGCUGCAGCCUCCGGAGUGGCGCGUGAAGAACGGCGCGCUGCUGCGCCGACUCCUCGACCGUCUGCUGGCGACGAAGAGCGGCGCACCGCGAAUUGAACUCGCCGAGGAAACGACGCAAGAGGAUGACCUGGACUGGGUGCGGGGGUGGAGUCGCGGCAAGCGGCCUGAAGACCGACACGCGCGGGCAGCAGGCGGAGACAAAGGAGACACGGAAGACGGCGACCUCCUGCUCGACAGCUUGUCGAGCCUGAUGAUCUACAGGGUCGUCUUCGGCCUCGCGAAACUCGACUUCCGCUGCGUGCUGUCUCAGCAGGUGCUUCAAGCUCUGGCGCCAAAAAUUCGAAGGACGCUGGAGGAGGAAGGCUCCGCGGCUUUCCCGACGCGGUAUUUGGUUCGCCUGACCUGGUCGUAUGCGCGGCUGCGAGUGCGAGACGGCCCGCUCUUCGUUGCCUUUGCACAUUUUCUCGCGGAGGCCGUCGAUGGGCUGAGUUACGAAGAACUGAAGGUCGUCAAACACGUCUUUGAAGCACUUGAAUUCUGGGAUCGCCGCCUUCUCGGCGCGGUUGACGAGCUGCUUCAUCAGCUGCAGGAGUUGGGACCUGACGAGACCUACCGCCAGCCGCGGAGCAGGCCCUUCAAUAACCGACCGCGAAGAGUAGGUUCCACUUUCUACAGUAGAGCUCGAAUAUAG